CAUUUAGAGCACAACCCUAGUACCCUACAAAAAAUUUAACAGGCCUUCACAAUGGCUACCAAGCCUCAUCAUGAUGCAGACACCAAUGACAUAAUAUACCCAAAGGAUGGUAACGGUUUGUUCAUUUUUGGACCUAGAGCAUUCAACAUAGCCUUCGGAAAUGACCGUCGCUAUUGGAAACUUCCCAAGAGAGAGUCUGAUGGUCCAGUAGAGCUGGUUAAAGUGUCUUGGCUACAAGUAACAGGUUUAGCAGCAGUCGAGAGGGGAAAGAAGUAUCAAAUAACCUUCAAGCUCAGCAUGAAGGCGAACAACAGAGGGUGGAGGAACAGCCCCGUUUAUUUGAUGGCUAAGAUAGGCAGGAGGGGGGAGUACAAACGUAAAAGGCUGCAACUGGAUCACUCUCUGAUGAAGGAAAAGGAACCCACUUGUGUUCCAAACUUUUCUGGUGGAACCUUUGAAAUUUUUGUACCGGAGACAAUUCUUGACAAUAGGCUCUUCUUUGGAUUGUAUGAGGUUUGGAGCGGCAACUGGAAGGAAGCCACAAACUCGUUUCAUCCAAUUUGUCCAACCGAUACGUGGACAUCACUACUGUUCUAUCCUUUCUGGCCGAACAAACAUGAGCCUAGGGAAGGCAAUUCUCCUCGUUCCCCGUGGGGCUCUGCGGGGAUCCCCGUUACGGGAUGGGGUGGGGAGGAAUAUUCCUUCCUAUGGGACGGGGACGGGGACGGGGACGGGGACGGGGACGGGGAUCAUUUUCUCCCCGCAAAAUUUUGCGAGGAAUUUUUUCUUUUCCCUACCGUUGCUACUGCUGUCACCGGAGCCAUUGCUGCUGCUGCUGGACCAUAUGCUGCUGCCACCACCGGACCCAUCUGCUACUACUGCUGCUGUUCAGCCAAAGCCAUCUGCUCUACUGCUGCUACCGGCUGCCACCACCGGACCCAUUUGUUGCUGUUGCUGCUGAACAGCCAUCUGCUCUGCUGCUGCUGCAGGAGCCAUCUGUUGUUGUUGCUGCCGGACCCAUCUACUGCUGUUGCUGCUGCUAUCGCCACCAGAGCCUGUUGCUGCUGCUACCGCCACCGGAGCCUACUGCUACUGUUGCUGCUACCGCCACCGGAGCCUGCUGCUGCUGCUACCGCCACUGGAGCCUGCUGCUGCUACCGCCAUCGGAGUCUGCUGUUGCUACCGCUGCCGAACAGCCUAAGCCAUUUGCUUUGCUACUGUUGCUUUGAUGUUAAUUGGUGGGGAAUGGGGAUCCCUGCAGGGAUCCCCGUUCCCCGUGGGAAACGGGGACGGUGGGCAAAAUCUGUCCCUCGUCAAAAAUCCUCGCGGGGAUCCCCGUCCUCGUGAUUCGCGGGGAUGGGGAUGAGGAUGGGGAAGGGGUCCCCGGCCCCGCAGGGCCCCGUUGACAUCCCUACAUAAGCCUUAGGGCUUGGGUGAAGCAGAGAUCAGGUUUCGAACUCUGCUAUCACCGUGAACUUCACAAACUUGCAACCUAAUGGUCGCGCGUCUCUUUUGAGGGGGUGGAUUGUUCAUCAUUCUGGGAAGUCCCAGUUGUUAAUAAUUAACUCUACUAACU